UCAUUCCCCACCAUCAGAUUAGAUCGCAAUAUGCGGAACUAUUUGCUAACGACUCAGGACACUCUUAGGACUCGCGCAAAGACGGUCAAACUGGUUACUUUGACAUUCAAUGUCAUUUCCAAGCUCACUGAAGUCUACGAAGGACCUCCAAUACGGAGCUGUAGAGCCAACACUGCCAGUUGUACUUCGCCUCCUACGUGGCACGGGGGCCGGGCUUCCUCUCAGGGUUAAGCCGAGACCGGGACCCCUAUCUGUCAACUCUAUGCGUAAUUUCAUUUACGCACGUGAUCCUGAUGGCACUGAGAGUGCAUCACCGAAUAAAUCACCGAAUCACAGAUUAACCGCAACCUCCUCUUCCUCUCCCUCCUCUCCCUCACUCUCUCGGCCUUUAUUGGCACCCACUCUCCUUUUUGAACGAUGAUGUUCGCGUCUCUCCUUGUGCUGGCGCUCGUGGCGACCGUAGCCAACGCUCAUCUAGCAGCCUUCGCGAAGGGCAUGUAUGCUCUUGGUGGCGUCUCUGGGCAAAACGACCUCAACCAAGAAGACGUUGUAUAUCCUCUCUUCCAGCUCCCCAAGUCUCAGUGGUGGUUCCACCAUGUAAAUGGAGUCGACAACUUCCCCCCAGCUCCAGGUGACUUCCUCGAGCUGCCUGCUGGUGGUUCGUUCACUGUUGAAAUCGCUUCCAACCGCGGCGAAACGUCCCUAUCUUUCGGUGGAAAGUUCGCUUCGGACUGGCCCGACGGCAAGACUUACCCAGAAAAUUAUAAUGUGGACACCUGUAUCAUCUCCCCAAACAUGCACACCCAGAACCAGUCUAUGGCGGCCGGGACUGCUUUUGCUAUUUCCUACACCUCCGAUAUUAAAGCGGUUACGGAAGAUAAUCUCGCGGUGUUUACCGUUCGCUAUCACACUCCCUGGAAACGUGUGACUAGCUACGAUGUCCCGGCUGACCUCCCCGCUUGCCCGAAAGGUGGCUGUAUCUGCGCUUGGGGAUGGGUUCCUAACGGCUGUGGACAGCCUAACAUGUAUAUGCUCCCAUACCGCUGCACUGUCACCGGAGCCUCCUCGACGAAGGCUGUCGGUACUCCCCAGCCGCCGGUGUGGUGCCAAGAUGACCCCAGCUCCUGUACCAAGGGUCCCAAGCAGAUGAUCUACUGGAAUCAGGCUGAUGGCAACAACAUCGAAGUCAGCGGAUAUGACAAUGCUGGAGAGUUCAAAAGCCCUGCUUAUAACGCGAACUGCGGUUUCCCUGACGGCGCACAGAAUGACAUUUUCACGGGUGGAUCGUCAUCGUCGUCGGGCACUUCUCCGAAAGCUGGUACUACCGCGAGAGUGCAGGCUGCAUCGACUGCGACCACUCGCACGACUUCGACGACUUCGACGACUUCGACAAAGGCGACAAAGGCAACCACCACUUCUACACCUACAACCACCAGCUCCACCAAGACAGUCACCAGCAGUGCUACCUCCAGCGCUUCACAUGUGCCUACUUGCAAACCCCGCCGGAACCGUCGUCGCUCUGCUCUCGCAGGGCACAGGCGCCGCGGCUCACAUUCUUUCUAGAGUUUCCAAUGGAUCCGCCAGGAUCAUCCCUUCCUUUGAAUUGCAGUUUUUCACACUGAUAUAUUGGCAUCUCAUCAUCAUCUCCAGUGUAUUUUGGCUGCAACCCCCGUGUAGCCCCAUACUUUGUGUAUAUUCCAAAGCGAUACCCUGCGCUGCUAGCAGUGACUACACUUCCCCCACUACAUGCUUACUUCGUUUCGUGCUUGCACUUCGUUACUGGGCAACUUCCUUGGCCGGCUUGACUUGCUGCUUCGAAUUGACUUCGUUUGGAAACAAUAAUAUAUUACUAGAACUACUUGAUUUGAAAUUGACUAGUAAAUGCGAUUGUUGGAGACAGCACUAAAUUCCAAAGAAACAAAACUACAAAAAAAAAAUAGAACUGAGAAAUUUGUCAGUUCGAGAUCGGCAGAUACCAGAGUGACGGGAGAGGAAAAAGAUCAGGGCACGUUUGCGUAUAAUAGUGCCAGGCAGUUUGUCGUCGUUGCACAUGUCAAUGACAUGCACUUGGCCUGGUGCACAGCGAAAACUCAUCACGAGAUGGGACAGGAAUGCGGAGAGGCGGCCGGAAAAGGUACUCACGAUACUUUAAUUCCACAUAGAUUUGCUAAAACAGAAGCGUUCACUUGGGAACAAGUCAGACACGGUCCAAACGGGGAUGCAAAGGAGAAAAGGCAAGGGAAUCAGGGCACGAGAGCGUAGAUUUCGGGCCAGGGUGUUUGUCGUCAUUGCAGACUUGGCCUGGUGCACAGCAAUAAUAUCAUCACAGAAAAAGAAAGAGGAUGAGCUGCUGAGGGACACUUGAAAUCUCACCUUGUCGAUGUGCGAACCGUGGUUGUACAAG